CCCUCCCCGCAGCCUCCCUUAAAUACUAUGGGGCGGCCGUAGCCGCCGCGGGUGCCGCUGCCGAGCGCACCAUGCGGGCUGUCAUCGGCUUGGUCGCGGCGCUGGGCUGCCUGCUGCUGGGCGGCUGCCUGCUGCGGCCGGGGGGCGAGGAGUCCCUCCGCGCCAGGAGCUGGGAGGAGGAUGCCGGAGCAGCCGCGGUCACCCCGAGAGCGAUGCGAGCGCUCAGGGCUGCCCUGCCGUCUCUGCCGCUGCCCGAGAACAGAACAACUGCUAAUAAAAAUGGAAUUUACCGGUUUGAACAGGCUUCAAAAUGCAAGGCAAUUCAGGACAAUAUUUUGUCGUCAUCUAUCAAGAAAAAAAGAUAUUCGGAAGAUUAUUUUCUUCACGUAGUCGCAAAACUGCAAAACUGCACCUGGAUAAAGAGGCCAGAAGAGUGUACAAAAUUCAGGUCAGAAUUAUCUUCCUGCUGUGAUGCAGUUCACAAUUUUAUUGCUUCUCAAAACAACACCCCGCUGGGAAGUAACAUGAGUUAUGAGGUGGACAAUAAAAAGACCAUCCUCAUCACGGAGGACAUUUUUAGGAUGCUGCCUGUGUCCUCUCCUCUUUCAGUCUAUCCCUUCAAGAACUGUGCAGUGGUUGGAAAUGGAGGCAUCCUCAAAAAUUCCAGCUGUGGUGCUGAAAUCGAUCGCUCUGACUUUGUGUUUAGGUGUAACCUCCCUCCAACCACAGGAAGCAUUAGCAAAGAUGUUGGCAAUAAAACAAACCUUGUGACUGUUAAUCCAAGUAUCAUAGCUCAGAAAUACAACAAACUCAAUGAAAAGAAGACAGAAUUUCUGGACAACAUUGCGGUCUAUGGAGAUGCUUUCCUUUUAUUGCCAGCAUUUUCCUUCAGAAGUAACACAGCUACUUCUUUUAAAGUGUACCAGACUCUUAAAGAGUUCGAAGCAACACAGAGGGCAAUAUUUUUUCACCCCACUUACCUGAAAAGUCUUGCCCGCUUCUGGAGAACUAAGGGUGUGAAAGCCUACCGACUGUCGUCUGGUUUUAUGAUCACUAGUGCUGCUGUUGAGCUGUGUGAGAACGUGAAGCUAUAUGGCUUCUGGCCUUUCUCAAAAUCCACAGAGAAGAUGCCAAUUAGCCACCACUAUUAUGACAACCAGCUGCCUAAACCAGGUUUUCAUGCAAUGCCCAAAGAAUACAACCAGAUCCUUCAGCUUCAUGGCAAAGGCAUUUUGAAGCUGCAGUUUGGUAAAUGUGAAUCAGAAUAGAAAGGGUGAUGAUCCUAAGGAGAGAAUUUCUGUUUAUCUCAGCAGUUUGGUGUUGGAUUUGAUCUGAUGUGAUUUUGUAAGCAUUAAACUGCAUUAUUACGACAGAGGAAAAUUUUACAUGUGGGAAGAAAAGGAAAUGAUUUUUGACAUAGUGAUUGCUACAUUUCUGAAUUUUGACUGAUCAAUUUUUUAAUGCAAAAUAACAUAUAUUUGGGAAAUUUUGAAACUCCUGACUAUUGGUUUAAUUGUAGCAAAGCACAAUCUCAGGAUGGUGGCAAUAUGUGACAUUCAUCAUGUUUUGCUUCUUAAAUUAUAAUCAUUACAAUAUUUUGACACAAGAUCUCUAUUUUUGUUAAUAUCAUGUAAUACAGGCAAUAGUCACUUACGUGGUAGCUGUAUAAGCUGGCAGUGAACAUUUUCAAUUAAGAAUUUGAUCAUAUAAAUACUAAGGUUUGCCUGCAUGAGAAAGGUGAUGAAAAGAGCUAUAGGGGAGUAAUUAAUUCAGAGCUAAAUCAUUUUUAGUUUGUCUCAGGGUGCAUAGAUGAAAAAAUCCCCCAGGUUAGUGAUAGUGAAAUAGUUCAUGUGCUUUAAGUUUAUGGCCAAUAAAUAAUGCUGUGGAUUUAAUGGGAUCACUCAUGUGAAUUAUGUUAAUUUUGUGAACAAGUGUUUGAAGGACCAGGGUUUAUUUUUAAACCCCUCUUACUGCUUGUGUUCCUGUCUAAGGUCCAGUUGAGCUCCGAAUGAGAACAAUAAGCUAGGACUUUGCACACAUCCCUCCCAUCCCAGAUCCACAUCUGAGCCUGCAUAUAAGCUGGACCAGGCACUAGAUAAAUGAACUAUGUCGUCCCUAUCAUUUUUUCUAUUUCUCACCUGAUAUGACACUUCUGAAUAUGUGACUACAGAUAAGAAAACUGCAUUAAGUAUUAUUAGAAGAGAGUUCCUCUUAUAAUCAGCUCCAACGUCUUCUCCUAUACCAGGACGUAUGAUAAAAGAACCUAUGGUCACUUAAACCCCAUGCAAUUCUAGUGCCUAAAGUUUACAUGUUGUCCUGGAAUACCUGUGGAGCAACAUACUGCAACAAGAGACAAUGAAAUAUCAGCCUCAGUGGAAAUAAUCACAUUAGCGUUUAUGGGAGGCAGGACAAGCAGUUGUUCCUUUAGCUAUGGCUGCUUGUAUAUUAUUGCACAUAUGUUUUACUGCAGAGCCCCCCCCCCCCCCAAUAAUAAUAACCAGUUUCUGUUAUAGGAGGAAUUUCAGUGUCUUUUUUGAGAGUGUUGAACGAUCAGUUCAAAGAUAGUGUUCUUCUUAUCCUUCUUGUAUAAUCAAAUAAAAUAUCAGGUAUUUUGUUUACUAAAAGUCAUUUUACCACUGUAGCACUAAAUCCCCACACAACUGAAGUUUAAAGAGCAUUCGAUAUUCCCAUCAUUGAGGAUAGCUUGUUGAAAAAAAAUCCUAAUGAAAUGAAUUGGACCUUAUAAAAUAGAUUUUUAAACUGAUACUGUAUAAGAGCAUUUCUAUAUUGCUGUAAUAUUUGAAAGCUUAUCUUGUAGCAGUUUUAUAGUUAUAUAAAUAAUCCUAAAAAUAUUAGAAUCAGUCGUUAUGGUUCUGGGUGUGUUACUUGAGACACAUUCAGCAUUUUGAUCCAUUUCCAAGAUAAUGAUAUCAGAAUCCAAUACUACUCCUACCCAAGGAAAACAGUCCAUAAAUCCUGGCUGUAUAUAUUAGCAAUAAAGUCAAUUUGUUGCAAAAUAAGGUUUAAAAAGAAAUAUGUGAUGCUUUGGAUGAAUGGAUGCUACCACUAAGAGAACGUGGGCCUCUGAGUAUCGGUAGGGCUUUUAACAGAAACAAAGACCUUGUCAUGGAGUCCAGGGGUAUGUCUGCCUUACCAGCUGGUGACUGAGAGAGGCGAGCGCAAGGGUUUGAUUUGCCAUGAUCUAUUACGGUUCCAGCACCAUGCGUCCAUGUUUUGUCUUCACCAGCAGUGAACUUCGUGCCAGUUUCUGGCCCAGGCCUGGGGCAGCACUCACAUGCAGGACAGGCUGCUGGAAGGCCUUGCACCCACGUUGCCCGGGGAGUGGUGAGGAGGAUGGCCUGCAGCAUGAUGUCAGCCCUGGUUCCACCAGGAGGGAAAGGACGUUGUGCACGGGAGUGCCUACUGCCACACCCCAAUUAUACAUCAAAUUGGCACCAAAAAGAGCCCCUGCUGCACAAUAAGUCACUAAUGUAGGCUGUCCCUGAGUGUUUGUAGCUGGAAGCUGCGUGAAGUGAUAUACUUGUCCUUUGGGUGAUGCAAACACAGGCUCCUGGGCUGAGGAGAAGCACCUCCUGCUUGAUCCAGACAAAGACACAACUGGGUUCAGGCAGGGACUAUAACUUACUCCAGCUUUAGACUAAUAUAGUGCAAUGAGAUAAUUGCGACUGUGUAGCAUUUCUUCCUUCUCACUGUGUUUUCUUCAGCUCAUGGCACAUUACCUCAGUGGGCUUGUGACAUAAAGGUCUCCAUAAAUAAUUUUCAUUCCCUCCCCCAGCCAUUUAUUUUGUUCUGUCCUGGCUAGCUCUACUUUCUCAAGCUCAGCCAGAGAGAUAUUAAUGCCACAUGAUUUUCAUUUUAUUUAUAUGCGAACAGUCUGAGGAGUAAAGGCUGAUGGAUUUUCCCACUACAAGGUGAAUUAGUCCUUCCAGGAAAUUUCCAGUUGCCUUUUUAAUUCCUUCCUACAGCUGACUCAGCAAAAUCUGAACUGCUUUUGUGUUGUCCCUUGGAGGUAUGUCCCAGAGACUUGGACUGUCUCUGCAGCACUCAGUUAAACGGUGCCCGACAGUGUGCCUAGGCACUGGCAUAUGCUUGUCCAGGUUGUUAAACUGUCAGGAGGUUCCUGGCAGGCGUUGGACCCAUGCCUACUAGCCCCCCCAGACAAUGUGCAGCAGAGUUCAGGAAUUAACCUGCGCAGGCACCAUUCCCAUUAAGCAUUUCUGGAGUCAAAACUACCAUUCUGUUUUGGAGGCAAGGAGGGGUUUACUAACAUAGAUGAACCAGCUGGCCUCAGUCCCUGAGAAUACUUUUUGUCACAUUUAAUUUAUUAGUGUAGACUUUGUGUUCAGUUAAGAGCUCCAUUUUCCUUGAGAUUUUCUGAUUGAUACCCGUCACUGCACAGCAUAGAUACCUGACACUGCACAGCAUACAGUAUUCAUAAAAGGUGUAAGAAGCACCGGGCACAGCUUCAUUUUGGGUUAGUAGUACAGGUAUUAUAACUGCAACUGGACAGUUAAAGUAGACACCAGACCAAUCUUUUAAGAGCCCUAGACUCUUCCUGUGCUUUACGUAGCAGUAGAAAUGGUGCUUAAUGUGACAAGAUCACUCAGCCAUAUAGCCAAGAUACCACAUACUACACAAACGCAUGCCAUGCAGACUGUUGCCUUUGGACUAGCUACAUGGUUUGCCUCCAAUUAAUUUGCCUCUCCAAAUAUUUGUCUCCAAUAAAUUCAUAGAUAUUUUAGAGGCUGAGAAGAUCUUGCAUUGUAUUUAGAACAGUCACAAGUGCUUUGCAUGUACUUGGAGGUGAUGCAAUGAUCAUUGCUCAGAUUAAAUUUGAUGAACUACUCGGCAUGAGUACAGUGGCAGAACUUGAUCUUGUGUAAGGAGCAGAUGUGGAGAGGAGAAAAUGAAAUUCACUUGCAGUGGAUAGCAACUUUUUGCAAAGGGGAUUGAUAAUUAGCACCAUAUUCCAUUAUCUUAGUGAGUAAAUGUAUAGAGUGCACUGUGUCACACCAUGAAAGGCUGAAGCUACUGCAUGUCUGGACUAUUUCUGUGCAGCUGUGUUACUUAUAACACUCAUCUAUUAGUAGCAAGAAAGUUUAUUAGACUAUGUUUUAGAGAGGUUUAGCUGAAAAGAAGAAAUGUAUUCUAGUUUCCUUGAUAAUAAGGGACCUUAACUAAAGGAGUUUGAUAUGUCAGUCACAAAUGAGAGCAAAUGGAAAGCUCUGUGACAUGAACAGACACUCUGACUUUUUAAUGCUGUGUUUCAGAGAAAUUUAAACUUGCCAUUGACCAGAGGACCUGAUCCUUUAUGCUCUUAAAGCUCUCUGUGAUUUAUGUGGAGCACAGGACUGACAAGAAAUGCGGGCAUAAAUUGUUAACCUUUCCUACCCUUUCCUACAAAUAGUCUUAAUUCCUCAUAGUAUAAAAAUAUGCUCUCUUAGACUUUGGAUUAAGAACCUGUUUUUAAUGUAGCUUUCUCAGUUCUUGCUCCAGCCAUGGAGAUAUGUGAUGUCAGUUGCAUUCGCUUCAUUUCGUAGGAGUGCAGAUCUUGUGCUUAGUUUUAUUAUAAUUACUGCUGCUGUGUGCUUGGUGACUCGUUCUUGUUAAUUUGUGCUGGGCUGGGCAUGCUAAUAGCAGCGUUUCUGUGUGACAGGUUACAGUUAGCUUGAUCAAGACUUGCUGAAUUACAGUCACUGUGGUAAGGCAUAUUUUCUCUGAUAGCUGAAUAAAUUAUUUCUGGUUUAUUUUACAUCUCUGUCAGGUUAAUGAUGAAUAAAUGAAUUUUGUACCAGGGCUUUGAAAUGUUUGUAAUGCUUUCGCAAGACCAAGCCAAGUGCAUUUUUGAUUAAGUAUUCCUGACCAAAGGAUAGGAAGAGCUUUUGAGUUCCCCUUACUUAAUAUGAAGAAUAAUCAUUUCUAGGGUUUGUGGGCCUCCAUCCAGUGCUGUCAUGCACUGUGGAGUGAAUGCUGAGAUUAAAUAGUUUUCUAAAGAUAGAAACACUGACAAUGUGCUAAUAGUUCCACUGUACCUUUGCAGAGGCUGACAGUGUCCUUGCAGAUGACUGGUUCAAAGCACUGUUAGAUUAAAGCCUUCUUGUCUGCUUUUAUUCCUUUUUCUCCUCUGAAUCUUUAAUGUUGCAUUUUCCUUUAGGACCCACUGCUGUCUAGAGCUGGCUACUUCUGCUCCCAGUGUGAGGCAUUAUGUAGUUCUGUUUAGUGUCUGUUAGUGAGUUUGUAUGGCUGUGAAUCAAACACCACUACACUUGCAGCAUAGCAGAGCACACUUAAAAUUGCUUCAUUUACAGUCUCAAGGACGGCAGCAUGGUGGGAUACUCACAUUGUCUGAGAUGCUUAAUUUGGGCUGCAGCUUCACAGCGAGUUAAGCUGUAAGGGCUGGUUGUGCAGUGUGGCACCAUUCUUGCUCUCCCCGCCUGCCUUUGUGCCUUCUCUGGCCCUUGCCCAGUUGUACCCUGAGCCGUUUCGGCACGCUGGCGCACACAGCAGCAAACUAACACGGCUCCAAAACGAGAGCGUUGGCCUGUGCGAACAGAGCCCAGGGAAUUUCAGAGUCAGAGCAGAGGAGAGAGUGAGGCCAUGGGAGUGUGGGGACACAGCAGGACCACCCUUGCUGCUGUUGGGCAGGCUCAACCGUCCCCUGAAGUCUCACUCCUGCCAGGAAGGUAAUGUCACUGGGGCCUCCACGGGCAGCGGGGAGACACAGGCUCCCGUGAGGGUGGUUCUCAGCAUGGCAGCUGUUUUUGUGCUGAUGUGCAGGAGCCCAUCUCUCACCAGUAGUGACAGAAGGUGCUUAAGCAUACUAGGUGCCUGCACUAUUUGAUUAUUCCUCCUCUUUCUCUCUUUUCCCUUAGAGUCAUUUGAACAAAAUGUCCGCCAUCAUCAGGUUCAGAAAUGACAACCAUAAAUAAAAGCUUUGACUAGAAAUAUUCUUUCUUGUUUACUGAUAGUAAACUUGCAUAAACUUGAAGUUAUUCAGCAUGCCUGUGCUUUCAGUCUCUGCUAAUCGCAGAAUCUCAAACAAAAUCUGCAGAGAACAGAGCUGCAGAAGCUCUGGCAGUUUUGAGACCAGUUAAUCUCAUUUUGAUUCUCUCUCCAUUAUGGACUAGUGAUAUUUCUGAUGUGUUGCCAUACUUUAUUCAAGAUUAUGUUCUCUAUCUUGUGUGAGUCAGGAGAAGAAACUAAAUGAUCUAGGUGACCUAGUGCCUUCUGUGGGCUCCCCAAACUAAUAGGAAAAAAUGACCGUUGUUACAUGUUAUUUGAUUUUAUCUGAUGCAGAUAUUUGGAUCUGUUGAUUGGUCUGGGUUAAUUAAUCACUCAAACCUUGACUCUUCAAGAACCCUUGAUGGAACUAUGGCCUGAUAUGGCAAUCUAGGUUUAAAAAACAUAUUUGACGUGGAGAUCUUCCUCUGUUCUAUCACUUGUUCUGAUGUGAAGAGCGUGUGGAGUAAGAACCUUGAUGCCUGUUCAGUAGUGCCUCCAGGGACUUCUCAGGUCUGUAAAGUAUAUGUCCACUUGUGUUCACAAGUGUGUGUAAGAAUAAGCAUAAGAAGUAUUCUGUAGAGUGCUUUAUUUGGAAACAGCUUUAUUUCAAACAUUUGAUACCCCUUGUUGAAUACUGUAAUAUUCUGAAGCAGUAGAGUUCUUACACGCGAGUUUGUUAGUUAAAUAUCUUAGCUUGCAAUAUUCACAGCCAGUAAUCCUUCAUCUUCCAGUACUUCAACUUCAGCUGGUCUCUUUCAUCUACAGAGCUGCUAGCGAAGAAUGUCAAGAAAGGGAUAUAUAUUUACCAUAUAAAACCUGGCUCUCUUGAUUUCAAAUUCUUUCAUUCUAGGUAGGACAGUCAUCCUUCUGCGAACUUCUGGACAUCUGAGUUUCAAAGGCUACUGAUCUCCUCUCAGGAUAUUAUGGACAAAUCCUGCGAGUCUUUCAGCUACAGAGCACAAUAAGUCAGGAAAUUUAUAUUUAUUAAGCUUUGUUCCAGAUUUAAUGAGAUACAUAUUAAGUAUUUUCUAAUUGGCUCUAAAUUAUAGUAAUGCUCAGGUAGAGUAUGAAAAGAUCUGCAGCAUGCCAUUGAACAAAGGAACUAAUACUGUAUUUAGUGAUCUCCUUUCAUAAAGUAACGUUUCAGAAUUCCUUCCUAUUCUAUGAAUUCAGACACACAGCUGAAGUUACUAUGAGUUACCAGGUUACCAUACAUCAGCUGAGUUAGGGUAGCAAUCUGUCAGUAUGCUCUUAGUGUGUAGCAAAUUCAAGUAAUAUGGCAAGAGUUCAACCCAAAAGAUUGCAUCAGCUUGCAUUUGCUAUUGACUAGUGUCAGUUAAUGUGUUCACACAUUAACUGAACUUACUACUGUGAUGCAUGAUAAUUUACGAAGCUGACAUCAUGUGUGUGAGCAGAAACUGCCUUUCAGUGGCAGGCGAUGGCAAAUUCUGACUUUAAGGAUGAACACAGUCCAGCUGUGCUUCUUUAUUGCAAGUACCAGAACUGCGAGAACUGCUUUUUACGCAUGAGGUUAAAUACCAGAAGGAAUAGUAUCCUCCCCUUGCUAUCAAAUAAACAGUCAAACCUGUCCUUUGUGUUAAGUUCUGGUGUAGCUUUGGCAUUACAGUAUGCCACAUAAGUGUUUUUGGCGCACCAUAGCAUCGUUUCGUCUUUUCUUUUUUCAUCCAUUUUUUCUCCAGUGAGGGAGAAAACUCAGAAAACUGAGUGAUGGAAGUAUUUAAUGAUCCCACCAUUAAUUCCUGGUAUCCUGGCAAGAGGAUAUCAGAAUGAAUAAUGCUAAUGAUUGUGACAGGAUAUUCUCUUCUGAGACAAGAUUACUAGUUUUAAAUUCUUCACUGUUCACUUUAGUCUCUGACAAGAGAGAUUCUUUACAGCAAGUCUGUAGUUCAACAGCCUGCUAGGUUUCUCAGCUCUUGGCUAAGCUGUGAGUUGAUUCUCUAAAAAUGCCUCUUUCUACUUCUUACUAUAUUUUCUGUUAAUUCUUAUGUUACAGAACCAUUUUCAAAAGCUUGUGAAAUUGGAGUACAAAAUCUGAAAUUUAUGCACACUUUAUAUGCACAUUUUAUAUAGUAGCUUCUUAGGUAGCCUUUGUAUUAAGAUUCUUAAUGUUCCUUUCAUCAAGCAUCUAAUUAAAAUUAUUUUAAAAUAUUCAUUAUAUUUUAUUCUGCCAGGGUAAGCUGAAAGGGAAGUUACAUAAUGUCACCUAAAAAAACAAUGAUACAACCCAAAGUCUAAUUUUUAAAGGUAUCUUACCGAUUUCUAGAAGGAAGUUUUCACUAGGCAUUUGAACACUUCCGUCUUAGAUUUACCUCCCUAAGGCAGUUCAGAGAGGCCACCUCUGCUUCUGUAUUAGCUCAUGAAACACAAGUAAGGAGAUAGGUAAAUAGAGAGGUUCCGGACAUGGCAUUUCCAAAGUGCAAGCUUUUUCUUUUCAAAGAUUGUUCCAUGUGUCAGAAUGUGAUUUCACAAAGUUUUGUCCAGAGGUUUCAUUGUCUCUUAAAAUCUGUAUUGUUUGCAUUCAUUUCUGUUCUGUUCUUUUUGAUACAAAUGUCCAGGUGGAGCUUAAUCAUCCUUGGAACUGGUAGAGUUGUAUUCCACCCGCACCGACCUCUGUGUGAAGCUGCUAGCGUAGGCUCUGCAACUGUUACAAAAAGGUUCUCUUAAAUUCUCUCAGCACUGAACCUGUUUAUGUUUUCAGAUAUAGACCUGAUAUUCUCUGUUCUCACAUGAUUAGGAUGUGUGCAGUGUAGCACAGAAGUGUCUUUUUGCAGGAUUUAGGAGGAGGCAUAGGAUGCCCCUCAACAGUGUGUGUGCUUUUAUUAUAGAAAAUGAAUAUAACGUUGUGUCGUUGAGUCAUCUGUUAGCUGAUUUAAUUUAUACUUUGUUUUCACGUUUUUAAGUGCCUAAUGAUUUUUUGUCAAGGAGGCAAUGGUUUCACUGUUAUAAGGCAUACUUAGAAUUCUGCACUUGUUACCUGUUCUGUAAUAGAAUAUUUUUGCAAUUUCUGUUUGGAAAUAAAGACUAUUAGACAUA